CGUCACUUCACUGCUCUAUAUAAGAUCGGCAUUGGGCCUGGUGAUAAGAAGUUGGUCUCAAGACAAGCAUGGCUGUGCAGUGUAAAGUCCUCAUCUGCGUCUACCUCCUGACUCUCAUAAAGCAUGUGUCUCCAAGUGAAAUACAGGCCAGCCCGAAUACGAACGCAACCCUCCCCUGCAAUGUAACAUUCCCUUCUUCUAUGAAGGGGGACAAAAUAGAGAAGUCUCUCUUCACAGUCAGCUGGAUAACUAAUGGCUCCAACGUCGCCUCAUUCACUAAAGCAGCCGAGCAGAUAAAGGAGGGCUUCAGCUGGGACACCAAAGAUUUCGUCAAUGGGGACUUUUCACUGACCCUCCUCAGAGCCAGUCUCGACCUGCAGGGGGUGUACGAAUGCACAGUCAGCUACAACUUCACACUGCUGCGCUCCAGUAGCGUUACGUUUAGCAUCCUCGCUUCCCCCACCCUCUCAAUCCCUCAGCAGUGGGUGGUGCUGGAAACAGAAAGCCAUCUUAAAUGCCAUGCAGACGGUUUCUACCCACCUCCAGUCUUUUUCUCCUGGACCAGAGAUGGGAAAGAAAUUCAACCACCUUACCAAACUGAAGGUGAACAGAGUCCAGAUGGGUACUACGUGGCCGUGGGCAACCUGACCUUUUACCCUUCUCGUGAGGACCAGAAUGUGACCUUUGGCUGCAGAGUGUCACACAACAGAAGUGUUCAUGAGCUGGAUUUCCACCUUAAUAUCACCUAUCGCCCUUCUGUUCGACUUUCCGUCCUGCCAUCCCACUCCCAAAACAUUCCUCUGACUCUUUACUGUGACGUGGAGAGUUUCUACCCGGAGGAAGUGUCUGUGUCCUGGCUCCAAAACGGCACAGCCCUACCCGAACCCCCUGCCACUGAGCAGAACCCGGAUGGGACCUACAGAACCAGACGCUAUUACACUCUGAGCACCGAGCAGAGGGACCAAGGUGGGAAGGUGGAGUGUGCUGUGAACCAACCCGGGGUCGUGCAUCCAGUCAGUGGCUCUGCGUACCUGGAGACACUGGAUCCGCGAGAUGAGCCUCCAGUGUUGACCAAAUCAGCCAAAGCCUCGGUAGCUCUGAUGUGCAUUUCUCUGGUGCUGGUCUUUCUGCUCUGCUUUGGCUUUUCUUGGAGGAGGAGGGAUGAGAAAAAGAAGUCUCUGAAUGUGUCUGGGAUCAUCCUGCCUCCGCGAGUGAUUGUCGGUCAAAAGGGCAGGGUGACAUGCAGCAUCGAGGGCAGGAUGGUGGACCGCGUCCAGACGACGUGGUUCCUCAAUGACACCCCUAUCACAGACACUUCACUCACAGGAACCUCCAAAGCUAACUUUAACUGCCUCUAUAACCCCCUAACCACCAUCCAUCUGCCCUACGGUCUAACUCUCACCUCCCCAGUGUCGGAGAAGGGUCACCUGCUGCCCUCCAGAGACGAGCUGGGCUACUACAAGCUGCACACCCACGGGCCACUGCACUCAACUGGCAGUGGCAUUCAGCAGCUGGUGUCCUCACUCACCUUCAUCCCCCAGAUUGCAAUCCACAAGGGGGCGGUGUUUAAGUGCCAGGUGUCCUACGCAGGCAAAGAUAAGAUUGUGGUGGAGAGGGUGUCGGAGAAGUUCACAAUCCUGUCUGCUCCAGAAGUAUCAGAAAUUCAGCUGGCAGAGACACAAAAUGACUCUGAGGUCAUUAGCAUGACAGUGAAGGCAACGCAUUUCCAUCCGGAUGUCAUUACCUUCCGCUGGUUCUGCGAGGGGGGCGAGCUGAGCCCUGUGGCCUCCCAGGCCUCAUCCUCCCCUCGACCCAACUCUGAAGGCUUCUUCUCAGCCUACAGCCAGUGUAAACUGCCCAGGAGUGAACUGGAAAAGGGAGGUACUAAAGUGUGGGUCAGUGUGCACCACAUCGCCCUGAGGCAGCCGGUCACCCGUGAGACCAGAGGUUUCAUCAAGAGGCCGAAUGUGUCCGAAAUCCACUCCACCUCUCCCUCGGACCAGGCUUUGACCCUGGGAUGUGAAAUCACGGAUUUCCACCCCCCGAACAUAUCCGUCACCUGGCUGAGGCUCAGAGAGGGAGAGCAAGAUGACAGAGAGGAGGAGGUGAUAGAGGGAGGAGAGCUGUGGGGCCCCAUACAGACUCAGCCCAGACUCUACAGGGCCACAGCCAGUCUGAAGAGGAGGCUAACAAACCAGGAGAAAAAGGAGAGAGGAGGGAUUAUUUGCAGAGUGGAGCACUGUUCCCUCCUUGAGCCUAUUGAGAGACGCUGGAGAAAUGUUGACAUCGUUGCUCCCUCCAUUCCUCCAUCCAUCUCAGUCUGUUGGAGCAGCGAAGGGGUCGGUGUGUUCUCGCUGCUGUUCAAGGGAGGUCACCCAAAGGUCAAAUUGCUCUGGGCAGCGGGAGGACCCACUCUCUCGCCGCUGGUAUCCAACGAGACAGAGGAGAUAGGAGACGACGGACAGAGGGAGCUGAAAAGUGUGUGUGCCCUGGAGAGGUCGACAAACCUGCCAAGUCAGACGAGCAAACAGCCAGAGAGACGGAAGAAUGGACACGCAAUAAGAACAAAAGCUGCCGUCACAGAUCCUGACGCUGAGGGAAUCGAAUACAUCGAUGAGAAAGCCGAUGGAGAGAAUAACAACAUUGACAGGGACGAGGAAACAAAGUCGGAACUGGACGAGGACAGUGACCGUGACAGCGACAAAGAAGAGAGAGAGGGAAACUCAGGUGCGCUGCACAUCAACACGGUCAACUUGAACAGGAGUCCCAGGGAAAACGAGAGGGCGCGUUUUAGAGUCUGCGUGGAGAUCACACACCCUGCACUUAAGCUUCCUGUGUAUCGAACCUGGACAGAGCCCAAUGAGGAAAUUUCAUCUUCUGCAUGAAAGUCCUGAUGUGUGCAAGAGUUCCUCGUUAUUUCAUAUAUCUAGUAUAAUAUAUCUAAUAUAUAUCACUAUAGUAAAUAUAAAGUACUAGCAAUGUUUUUAGAUAUCCGACUAUGUUUGAUGUGAUCAACAUUGUGGUUUUGCUUCCAACCUUUUUAGUCUUUAUUUAUUACUUUGUAUUCUUAAUCUGUCAUCCAUUACUUUUUUACCCAAUGGCAUGAUUUUUGGAAAAUGUUCAUAUUUUUGUACAAAGAAUUCUACAAUAAUUAUCCAGUUCUGUGGAUUUUGUCUCUAAAUCUGUAUUGCAGAAAUAAAAUCUAAAUCAAUUUCUUUGGA